AUGUGCCGCAUCGCAUCAACGGAGAGGGAAAACAAGUUCGUCUGGGUGCUAAAGGAUGCCAACUCUUUGUUGACAAUAACUGAAUCUGAUCCCUUUGAGAUUGGUCGAUGUAAAUGGCGUGUUACUGCACAUCCCAAGGAAGAUAACCUAGACUUCUACUUUCGGUAUUGUGGUGUAGACGAUUCUGUUCAACCAUUGCCUUCUAGAUGGAGAAUGUAUCUUAAACUUCGGUUGCAAGUUGUACAUCGACAAUGUGAAAGAUUCUCUAUUGUGACAGAUUCAGAUGUUUACUUUGAUGACAAGACUCCCGUGUGUUAUUAUCCAUCCGCAUUCUCUCCUUCCAAACUCUUGGACAGCGAUGGCGGGUAUUUGGAAAAUCAAGAACUGAUGAUUGUGGCUGAGGAAAUUGAUUAUGACGCAUAUGGCCUUGAUGUCGACAUUGAUGAAGUUCCUUUACAGUAUAAGGAGUUUUUUACUUUUGCCAACAAGCCUCGAGGAAAGAAGAAAAGCCUUGUUGAUGUCAAUGGGUUUUAUGUUCUUCCUUCACAGGUGGAAACUCUGAAGGGUUUAUUUCAAGAAUACCCAGACUUUGCAUCCGGAUUCCGUUUUAAUAAUCGGCAUAUGAGGUCAACAUACAUGAAUGUCCUCCUUAGACUGGUUGAAACACUCCGCCAGCCGCCUGAGGAGGUCUCCUAUGAUGAUCUGGAUGAUGCAUGGUACGAACUGUCGUACGCGGCAUAUGGAGGUUUUCAAUAUGAUUGGUUGCAGGAGAUGCUCAAGGAAGUAAAGGCAAAGAAGAUGAAAGUGAGACUCUGGUCAAGUUUGAUUGCAGAGGAAUCUUCAUCAGGAUCAAUGGAGAAGCAAGGCUCUAAGAAAAUCACUUGGGUGAUCAAGAAUUUCUCCUCUUUGCCACCUGCCCAGAUUUAUUCUGAUCAAUUCGAACUCGGUGGCUGCAAAUGGAGCCUUGCUGUAUAUCCUAAGGGAAAUCUCGUUGCUAAUUACUUGUCUUUGUUUCUGGAAAUUGUUGAUUUUCAAUCAUUGCCUUCUGGAUGGAAAAGAAACGUUAAAGUUGGGCUAACUAUAGUAAGACAGGUUUCGGUAGAACCCUCAGUACUGAAAGAAACACAUCGAUCGUAUGAUCAGCAUCACAUCCUUUGGGGUUUUCCAUCUAUGAUUCCUCUGGCCAAACUCCAUGAAGAAAAUGGCGGAUUCCUUGUAAACGGAGAACUCAUAAUCGCUGCCGAAGUAGACAUUCUUGAAGUUAUUGGCACCUCAAUGGAUUCUGAAGAGACAAAUCCUUUGAAAAAGUCAAAGGUGGAACCUAUGAGCUCGAACAAAGACAAUGCAGUUGAUUUCCGCGCAAAGAUCCAACAUCUGAAGACAGGAUGCAUGAAUGUCUUGCUCAGCUUAACACAGACGCUGUGCCAAACACCUCAGGAGCUUUCCAUUGAUGAUCUGGGAGAAGCAGAGAAAGCACUUGCUUACAUGAAAGAUUCAGGCUUGGAGUUGGAUUGGCUGGAGAAGAAGCUUGAGGAAGUAAAAGAAAAGAAGAACAAAGAGCAGUCCGGUUGA